AUGUAAAUUAAGAGCUCGGAUAAUGGGAGAUAGGAUUAAUUUUUCAAAUAAAGACAAUCAUUUGUUUCAUAGCAACAAGCCUUUGCCAAAAAAUUAAUAAGAAAACUGUAAAAGUCCUAGCAUUAAAUUGCUAAAAUCAGCACUAAUUCUCCUUUAAAUAUUUUGGGACCCAAAAUAGAGGAACUUGGAGACUCUUAUGAGAGACAAUAACUGAAGAAGCAAUUUCACUUUCAAUAGAAGCAUCUGGUUCCAUUGAAACAGAAGAGUCAUGUUCUGGAGAUUAACCCUAAAACUGACAUACUCAAACGAAGAUAGUUAAUUUUUGAUAGCCAAAUUGACGUAAUGAACCAAUUGAACUUGAACAUGCCUUCGAGUACUUAGAAUCUUGAAGAAUCCCCAAGGUCUUCACGAAAAAUAAAUAAUAAUAGUAAUAGCAACUCAGGUAACAACGGAGUUAUUCGCUAACCUACAGGGGGUGUGUUUGAAAGUAUGUUAGCGCUCCCUAAUUAGUCACAAGCUAAUCUGUCUGGGUUUUUCAACUCAAAAAGAUCAUCUCAGUUUUCAAAUUAAAAUUAGAUUUCUCCAAGAGCGGUUCUAGAUAAAAAAGGCAGAUUUAGCAUUUUCGAAAAAUCCACAUUUAAUCUAAUAAACAUGCAAUAAAAAUAGCCUGAGAUGUUCGAGCAACAUUUAGAUAUUAGCAAAAUUAUUAAGUAAUCAAGAGCGGUAGGAAAGCGAGAUGCAGCUGAGUUUAUUAGGACUCAUAGUUGUUUCAAAGACGUGACAAAGAUGCAUAGAGACCUUGAGUUGUCAUACAAUGACCUUAAAGCAGCUAUUAGAUCACCUAAGAAUAGAUCAUCUUUUUGGGAAGAUGUAUGGAGAGAGGAGCAGAGAGAACUAUACUUUGGCAAGAAAAAUCAGCUCUAAGUAGAUGAACUCAGUCCAAAAGUAAGCACCGAUAAGCCAAUAAUGGCUAAAAUUCCCUUAGGAGAAUUAAAUAAAUAGCACAGGCCCUCUCUAGGAUCGGUGCUUUCAUAAAAAGAACCUCAGUCUACAAAGUCUAACUCAAGGAGGAAUGAGAUUUCUUCAAGAAGGACCUCAAUAAAUCACUCUUAGUUUUUGAGACUUGCAGAUGAUCUGGAGAUGCUUGAGAACAAAAAGAGAAGGAAAAUGCUUAAAGACUAGCUUAAAGUUGUUAUUGGUAAUAAGUAGUCAGAUAGCAUAUCAUAGUAAAUGAUAGAGAGCACGAAGGAAAAACCUUCCUAGGGUGUAUUUGAAGAGAUUUUGAGAAAAGAGCUGAAAGCACAUGGAAAUUCACCCGUUAAUCAAAGAUAUGAGUUGAUGGAGAAUUCAAUCAUAUAGUCAAAGCUGGUAGAUUAUAGUAAAAUUCUAGAUCUUCAAGAUAUUAAUGCUAUCACUAAUAAAUCACCAUUCAGAGCUAAGAAGCAAUCGUUACCUAAGGUAAAAACAGCCAGCAUUCUCAAUUGA